AUGACAAUGGAAGAACUGAAACAGAUGGUCAAUUCCAUGAAUGCAAAUCAAAUGGUAAAUAGGUUGCAGCGCUAUGUGUCCAAAGUACAAGGUACGAAUCAGUAUUGGUAUCAGCGGCUGCAGGAAUUGCUGGCCCUGAUUGAACAAAAAGGCUGCCCUACUUUUUUCUUUACCUUUAGUGCAGCUGACAUGCAUUGGCCAGACUUACAGAGGCUGUUGCAGAAUGAUGAAGGUGCAAGCAGAUCUGAGCGAGCACAAGCUCUAAUCGACAAUCCCCAUCUGACUGAUUGGUUCUUUAUGCAGCGGCUGCAGGAGUUUGUCAGACAUUGGCUUAAUGGCGUCUUGGAUGCUGAGUGGCACUGGUAUCGUUUUGAGUACCAAGCUAGGGGAAGUAUUCAUUGCCACGGAUGUGCAAAGUUAAAAAAUGACCCUGAUAUAAGAGAAUUACGUAAUAAGGCAUGUGUUGCUUUCCUAGAGAGUGAGACAACAAGGUACGAAAUGUCACCUGAUGAUUUUGAAUUCCUUUGCGGGGAUGUGAUAAGACAGGGAGAAGAUGCUGAGAAGUUGGUAAUACAGUAAGAAAAAAAUUUUCCAUAUUAAUGUUUCCAAUGUGUACUGUAUGUAGAUCAAGCUAACUGUGCAGAAUCUGUUGUGGGAUAAUUGUUUCAAUAAUAAAAUACCGGAUCAUAAUUAUUGCAGUAGUUACACAAUACCGGACUCGCUUCUCAUAGUCAUAACAUUGAAUUUUGCAUUUUUAGAGAUGUCUUACUGUACCUCCUACUCAAUAUAUUGCAAUAGCAUUUCAAAAUACCAUUAAAACUAUACCUUGGCAUGCUCCCAAAUGUUGAUAUCAACUAAAAGUGUGCAGGUCAAAUGUUCAUGUCAACUACUGUAAAAAGCGAAUUUUGUAUUAUGCAUGUAUUAACCACUGCUGUCUAUUUUGGAUAUUUAAUAAAUAUGACUACUACUGUAAAUUAAAAGGCAGGAUAAACUACUGUACACAACUUUUGCCUAAAAUUGUCGCAUACAACCUGCUUAUAUGCAUGUAACAACUUGAGUGUACUGGGUGAACCAGCACACAACUAUGCCUAUGACAACGUAAGUGAGUAAAUGCAAGUUUAAUACAGUGUCAACUUGUGUCCUUGAUAUUUUACACAGUAAAACUCAAGUUGUACAAGCAGGUUGCAUAAGGCAAAAAUUGUGUAGUGUAAAUCUGCCUUAACACACAAAACACUCACCAAAUAUCCAGCUAAUAAUAUAUGCAGAUAGCCAAUCUCCACAAUUUUGAAAGGUCUUUCGCCCAUCUUUUUUAUUAUUAUGCAUAUUUUAUUAUAUUAUAAUACGGUAGUAUUACCUUUGCUACAUUAAAAUUGAAAAAGUAACAAUAUUUUACAUGUAAACAAAAAUUCCUUAUAAAAUUCCUUAAAAGGUUUCAAUUUUCCUCAAAGGAAUUUUCAAUAAUUUCUGAAGAUUUCAUUGGAAUGUAAGAAAUUACAUAAAUAGAAAGUGGAAAUUUAACUGUGGCACAAAUCUGUGACUGUGGUCAUACAGGUUUCACAGGAAAAUGUUUCACUCAGUCAAAUUAUGGUGUGAUUAAAACUGUUUUAUGACUAAUUCGGUAAUAUUUGGCUAAUAGAAAAAGCGCACAUGUUUAAUAAUAAGUUAUGAUUAUUUUAAAGGUAUGUUGACUGGCUGGUGACAACUUUUAAUGAGGAAUUGCCAGAUGAAAACUGGAGGAUACCAGACCCUCAUCCAUCUGCCGUUAGCGCUACAACAUUGGAUAAUCGUGACAAUGAUUAUCACAGGUUAGUUAAUACUGUAGAAAGACACACUAGAUGCAGUCCAGCGUAUUGCUUGAAACAGAAAAGAGUGGACCUGCUUGCAGAAUGCAGAUUUGGUUUUCCAAAGCCAUUGCAAGAAGAAACAGAACUGAGCAUUGAGCUGGUGGUAGGUAAGAAUACAAAGUCUGUUGAGUCUGAGUUACAUACCAAACGAAAUGAUCAAAGAUUAAAUUCACAUAACAGGGUGAUGCUCGAAAACUGGCGGGCAAAUGUAGAUUUGCAAGUCAUUGUAGAUGAGAAGGCUUGUGCAAGAUACAUGGCCAAGUAUGCUGCGAAAGGAGAACCCCGAUCGAAAUCGGCAUCAGAAAUACUAAAAUUGUCUGUGUCUUCAUUACAGAAUGAUGAUCAAGUCUCUUCGGCCUUCAAGAAAGCAAUGAUUCAAGUUGCUGGAGAUAGAGAUAUGGCAGCACAAGAAACUGCACAUAUGUUACUUAGUCUACCACUGGUUGGCUGCACAUUUAGUUUUGUUACUAUUUCUUUAGAUAACAGCAGGAAGGUUAAUAUUGAUGCAGAAAACGAAAGCGAUGAGGUACUUCAAAAAUCUGCGCUACAAGAAUAUGCAGAACGUACAAAAUUGAAGAGUAGGUAUACAGGCUUGUCUCAGCUAAAUCUGAUGCAAUAUGUGUCACAGUACACGAAAGUCCGAGGUGAGUUGACAAAACGAGCUAAUCCAUACAUUGUCAGGACAUUUCCAAAGAUUUCCGCUAAUCCUGCUGGUCCUGAUUUUGGAAAAUACUGCAAAUAUCAACUAAUAAAGUUUAAACCAUGGGAGGGUCAACCGUCAAAUGCUUGGAACAACGAGGAUGAAAGUGAUCAAAUGUUUAUUAAUGCAUAUGAUUUUUUUCUUAUGACAGAUGAAUUUGCAGAAGAAAAUGUGUUUAGGUAUUCCGAUGAAACAGACAGAGUUCAUGAUGCGCAAUGUGGUCAAACCUUUGAAAACGAUCCAAGUGACAAUCAAGAUGAUGACGACGAAAGUGAAGUUGACCCUGAUGAUGAGGAGGAAGUCGAUGAUUGGAUGUUGUUAUGCAGAAUUAACCAAGAUUAUGGUGAAGCAGGUAAUCGGAUGUCAGACAAUGAAGCAGUGGACUGGUUUGAAAUGGUAAGAGCUGUGCCUAGAGAUUUAUUAAAGGAAUGUCCAGGAUGGAUUUAUAGUCAAAGAAAGGAGGCUGAAGAACAUGGUCAGCAUUUUCGAGAAGAUGAUCAACAAUGUGUAAUUGAUCCGGACACCUUGAAUGAAAAACAACGCCUUGCUUAUGACAUCAUCACAUCUCAGAAUGGUGAUAAUGCCGAGCCUGUUUAUAUGAUUGUGUGUGGAACAGCUGGCACAGGUAAGACAUACUUAAUAAGUGCAACAAAACAAGUAUUAGCCACUCAGUGUGUUGUUACAGCAACUACUGGGAUUGCAGCCUUUAGUAUUAAUGGUCAAACAUUACAUUCUGCUGCUCAACUUCCUAUCUGUGAAUAUAGGGAUUUGCAGGGUGAUUCACUACAGCGGUUACAGCUGAGGCUGGAAGGUAAAAGAUUUCUGAUUAUUGAUGAAAUGUCAAUGAUUGGACAUAAAAUGCUAUCAUGGCUUGACAAUAGAUUACGUGCUGGUACUGGAAAGGAAGAUAUCCCUUUUGGUGGUAUGUCAAUAAUUCUAAUGGGGGAUUUUGGUCAAUUACCACCUGUUGGUGAUAAGCCAAUGUAUGUUUCAGGUAAUGGAACUGUAGUAAGUGACCAUGGACAUAGUUUGUAUCUGAUGUUUGAGUCUGUCAUUAUUUUAGAUCAAGUUAUGCAUCAGGCUGAUGAGGACCCUGAGGCAGUUGCUUUUAGAGCCUUGCUGAUGAGAAUGCGAAAUGGAGAAGUGACAGGGGAGGACUGGAAACUAUUGUUGGAGCAUUCAACAACAAGUGUACCAAUGGAUCAAUUUACUGAUGCCAUCCGAUUGUACUUUGACAAGAAAAGUGUUGCUGAAUACAAUUACGAGAAGCUAUUGCAGCUUGGACAACCUGUUGCUAAAAUUCAGGCAAAGCAUUCUGGUCAUGGUGCCAGUGCGGCAACGUCGGACGAAGCUGGUGGAUUGGAUGCUGUUCUGUUUUUAUCCACAAAAGCAGAAGUAAUGCUCACUUGCAACCUGUGGGCUGAAGUUGGUCCCUGCAAUGGAUCAUUUGGCACUAUUGAGCAGAUUUGGUUUGCAGAGAAUAUGGGUCCACCAAACCUGCCAAUAGCAGUAUUGGUACACUUCCAUAGUUACACUGGUCCUGCAUUCCUAGAUGCAUGUUCUAAAUGUAUACCUGUGCCACCCAAAGUGUUUGAAUGGGUGGCUGAUGGAAAGUAUCUGUCAAGGCAACAAGUGCCCUUGCGGUUGAGGUAUGCAAUGACUAUUCAUAAGUCACAAGGACAGACACUAACAAAAGCUGUUGUUGAUUGA